CGACACCCUUAUUCUUGCACGGUCGAAGGCCUUAGAUCCAGGAGAUAAACCGGAUACUUACCUCAUGAUUCCACACGCCAAAUCCUCGUGCCACAAAAAUGAACCAGAGGGAACACAGUGAUUUGAAGGCUGCUAUUAAAAUCGCACUGGAAGCCAUGAAUACCGAGGCACUAACAACGGCCUUCAGUAACCUCCCUGGAGAUGAAAGGGAAAAGAAAAGCUCCGUCGACCAAGCAUUGCGGGAAUGCCUUCAACGACAGAUUACUGUACAGUCAAAUCAGUCCCUGUCAUUGAUUUCUCUGAGCAUUGAUGGAGUCAUCAAAGGACUAUGCUCAGUGACUGCACCUUUCCUGCUAAUGGCAGACUUGCUGGACUGUUCCUCCCUGGAGCAGUGUGACAAAGUCUUUUCGUUUAUGGAGGGAAAUGUUUCUACGUGGAAGUCGAGUGCCUUCUACUCAGCUGGGAAGAACUACUUGCUAAGAAUGUGCAACGGUAAUGUUUCUUUAAUGUGUGACUCUGAGGAGACACUAGCUGAGUUUAAAAGCUCCAAAGUGUAUGAGUCUCAGGCAACAGAAAAGGAGCUGACACUUGUUGGAGAGGAUGCUUUCUUUGCCACAUGUCUCACCAGAGAGAUGCCAAUGGACUUUGAGGUUAGUGGCAGCAAAUUCAGACGACGGAUCCUUGUGCAGUACCUGAUUCUGUUCCAGUACCUCAAAGGUCAAGUGAAGUUCAAAAGCUUCAACUGUGUUUUGAAUGACGAUCAGAGCACAUGGAUAGAAAAGACCACGAAACUAGUGUAUGAGUUGCUUAAAGAGACACCACCUCAGGGAGACAAGUUUGCUGCUAUGGUAGAACGCAUCCUCAAAAAGGAAGAGCGCUGGAGUAUAUGGAAAAAUGAGGGCUGCCCCAUCACUAAGGCGAGACCCACAGACAUCAAGCCCACCUGGCCAUUGAGGAGGAGGACCACACCAAAGGACUUCCUGGGACAGGGUCCCCGCAGCAACGUGUUAAAGGGAAAUGCAGAACUUAGGAAAUUGUGGGACCUCAGUCCUGACAACUUGGAAGCGUGCAGAUCCAAAGAUCGAAAUGUUACGCCGUCUCUAAGACAAUUUUUCCAAAAGGCCAUUGAGCAAGCAGAUCCAGCCAACAAGGUACAAGAUGAAGACAAGGUGGUGCGAAAUUUCAAUUUCGGCUGGCGUGCCCUGCGGUUACUGAGACACCACACUCCGCACUCCUUCCAACCCGUCGUCAGAGUGGAGGACUUUUUGGACGCCAUGGCCAUCAGGUUAGCUGAAGAAAGGAGUGUGCCUCUAAGUGAUGAAGAAGAGGACGGAGAAAAAGGCAGAGGAGAGGACAGAAAAGACACAGGAGGAGAAGACUAUGGAGGAAAGGAGGAAGAACACAGAGGAGAGGAUGCAGAAAACACAGGAGAGGACGGAAAAGACAGAGGAGGAGAAAAAGAUAGAGGAGGGGAUGGAAAAGACAGAGGAGGAGAAAAAGAUGGAGGAGGGGAUGGAAAAGACAGAGGAGGAGGAAAUGAUGGAGGAGGGGAUGGAAAAGACAGAGGAGGAGAAAAAGAUGGAGGAGGAGAUGGAAAAGACGGAGGAGGAGGAAAUGAUGGAGGAGGGGAUGGAAAAGACAGAGGAGGAGAAAAAGAUGGAGGAGGAGAUGGAAAAGACAGAGGAGGAAAUGAUGGAGGAAGGGAUGGAAAAGACAGAGGAGGAGAAAAAGAUGGAGGAGGGGAUGGAAAAGACAGAGGAGAGGAUGAAGAAAAAGAUAGAGGAGGGGACAAAGGACUCAGGGGAGAGUGUGUAAAAGACCCAGCAGAGGAUGGAGAAGAAGAUGGGGGAGAGGACAGAAAAGACAGAGGAGGAGAAGAUGGAGGAGAGGACAGAGGAGAGGAUGGAAAAGACAGAGGAGAAGACGGAGAACACAGAGAAGAGGAUGAAGAAGAAGAAGAAGACAGAGGAGAUGAAAAAGGCAGCGGAGGGGACGAAGGACACAGGGGAGAGGAUGGAAAAGACAGAGCAGAGGAUGGAGAAGACAGAGAAGAGGACAAAGAAGACAGAGUAGAGGAUGGAAAACGCAUAGCAGGGAACGGAAAAGAGAGAGGAGAGGAUGGAGACAUCAAAGACGGCAGAGGAGAGGACAUAGAAGAAGACAAAGGAGGAGAAGAGGAUGGAGGAAAGGACGGAGAAGACCGAGGAGAGGAAGAAGAAGAAAACAGAGGAGAGGAGGUAGAAGAAGACAGAGCAGAGGAUGGAAAAGACAGAGGAGAGGAUGAAGAAGACAGAGGAGAGGACGAAGGAGGGGACAGAGAAGACAGAGGAGAGGACGAAGGAGACAGAGUUGCGGACGGAAAAGGGAGAGGAGGGGACGAAGACGGCAAAGGCAACAAGGAAAUGAAGACUGGGGAUGACUAUGAGGGUGACGAAAGUAGUGAUGGCUCGGCCAUGCAAAGGAAGCUGGUUACCAAGGACCAGACGGAGGAGAUGGCGCCAAAGCUUGGGGAGUCUGUGGGGAGGAAUGAGGAUGCAGAUGACCACGGUGACAAAGAAAGCAGUGAUGGUGAGUGCUGGAUACGUCUGACCAACAAACAGAUGGGGGAGGUGGUGGCAAAGCUUGCCGAGGCGGUGACUGUGAGAGAGGUUGACGGGGCAUCUGAAGGUGAGGGCGAUGGACCACAGGGAGACUGAGGCCGACGUUCAGGCAGAGAUGCAGGCCAAUAUGCUUCUGAUGAAGAGAUCCAUAGCAUGUCAUCAUUGAAUAAAUGUUUUUGUUUCCUUGGCUUUAUGUGAUGGCGUGUGAGAUUUAGUUACCUUAGUUUUAUUUAUAUUGAUGGCAUUGGUUUUUAUUUUGCUUAAGCAAAACUGUUUAUCAAACCGUGACUAUGACGUCACAAUUUUGUGAAUAUGCAAAAAAGUAAAGAAGGGGUUGGAUACCGUUGAACUGCUGUUAUAAACAUAUGUAAUAUACAGUGUGUAAAUAUAUUUAUUAUGUGUUGUACAUUAAUUUUAUUUUGUAAAAUGAUUUUCGUUUUAGCUGCUAAUCCCUCUCCUCCAAAAUAAAAUAUUGAAAACCA